AUGAGGUGUUCGAAGGCAAACAUGUCUCCAGUGCUAUGACCCCAAAGCACCCUGAUGAAGGCUGUAAUGCUAAAACAAGUUUACAUCUACUUACAUUUUUCAUCGAACAGAGUAUGAAUGCUGUGCCGCUUAGAGAAAGGGGAAACAAAAUAAAACUGUGUCCCUGUCCCUGUCUCUCCCCUCUCAGACAGGGUCUGAUUUGCUCUCUCUCUCCCCUCACAGACAGGAUCUGAUUUGCUCUCUCUCUCCCCUCUCAGACAGGGUCUGAUUUGUUCUCUCUCUCUCCUCUCAGACAGGAUCUGAUUUGUUCUCUCUCUCCCCUCUCAGACAGGAUCUGAUUUGUUCUCUCUCUCCCCUCUCAGACAGGAUCUGAUUUGUUCUCUCUCUCCCCUCUCAGACAGGAUCUGAUUUGUUCUCUCUCUCCCCUCUCAGACAGGGUCUGAUUUGCUCUCUCUCUCCACUCUCAGACAGGAUCUGAUUUGUUCUCUCUCUCCCCUCUCAGACAGGAUCUGAUUUGUUCUCUCUCUCCCCUCUAAGACAGGAUCUGAUUUGUUCUCUCUCUCCCCUCUCAGACAGGGUCUGAUUUGCUCUCUCUCUCCCCUCUCAGACAGGAUCUGAUUUGUUCUCUCUCUCCCCUCUCAGACAGGAUCUGAUUUGUUCUCUCUCUCCCCUCUCAGACAGGAUCUGAUUUGUUCUCUCUCUCCCCUCUCAGACAGGUUCUGAUUUGCUCUCUCUCUCUCCCCUCUAAGACAGGAUCUGAUUUGCUCUCUCUCACUCCCCUCUCAGACAGGGUCUGAUUUGCUCUCUCUCUCUCCCCUCUCAGACAGGAUCUGAUUUGCUCUCUCUCUCUCCCCUCUCAGACAGGGUCUGGACGCAGAGGAUGACCUCCAGAAGCUGCACUCUGAUGGCGUGCCCACGGAGGUUACUGAUUGGCUGACUUCAACCUUCACUCAGAGGGCCCGCCGCCCUGCCCGCCGCUCCGACGACAAACCAAAGUUCCGCAGCAUCGUCCACGCAGUGCAGGCUGGGAUAUUUGUCGAGAGGUAGAUGGAAAAUGUUAUUAUCCUCAAUGAGGACAUUCAUUUGGACACACAUACUCAUUCCAGGGUUUUUCUUUAUUUUUACUAUUUCCUACAUUGUAGAAUAAUAGUGAAGACAUCAAAACUAUGAAAUAACACAUAUGGAAUCAUGUAGUAACCAAAAAAAGUGUUAAACAAAUCAAAAUCGAUUUUAUAUUUGAGAUUCUUCAAAGUAGCCACCCUUUGCCAUGAUGACAGCUUUGCACAUUCUUGGCAUUCUCUCAACCAGCUUCAUGAGGGAGUCACCUGGAAUGCAUUUCAAUUAACUGGUGUGCCUUGUCAACCUCUACGGGAUCGGUGUCCCGUAUACGGGACGGUUGAGCUAACGUACUCUAAUGUAAUUAGCCUGACUGUUGAAAGUAACAGCAAACUUUGCAGGAGAUAGACAUGUCUUAUAUGGGCAGAAAGCUUACAUUAUUGUUAAUCUAACUGCACUGUCCAAUUUACAGUAGCUAUUACAGUGCAAAAAUACCAUGCUAUUGUUUGAGGAGAGUGCACAACAACAAAAUACUUAUCACGACAACUGGUUUGAUACAUUCACCUCUGAAGGUAAAUAAUGUACUAAAGUAAUCUUGCUCUGAUUUGUCAUCCUAAGGGUCCCAGAGAUAAAAUGUAGCAUAGUUUUGUUUGAUCAAAUCAUUUUUUAUACUCAAAUGUAGGAACUGGGUUCUACAGUUUGAACCCCUGCUGUCUCUGGCUCCCCACCCACCCUGCCCGGCCAUCUAGAUGUGUGAAAGUUAGUGUAGAAGCUAAUGAUCCAUCAUGUAUGACAUUCCUGGGAGUGUGUGAACUUACAUUUUGUAUUACCAUAUCAUUUUUGUAUGUUCUCUAUAGUUAUGUACUUGAAAAUGUAUCAAUUGACCAAUUCGGCAGAUUUGGGAAGACUUGAUACAAAAUAGUCCAGUAUUGCAAUGCUUCACUGGAUCAAUCUGACACUUUGUACAUACACUGCUGCCAUCUAGUGGCCAAAAUCUAAAAUGCGCCUAAACUGCAAUAUUAUAUUGUGGCCUUUCUCUUGCAUUUCUAAGAUGAGAAAACAAUAUAUAUAUAUAUAUAUAUCUUUUACCAGAACUAAUGUGUUAUAUUCUCCUACAUUAAUUUCACAUUUCCACAAACGUCAAAGUGUUUCCUUUCCAAUGGUAUCAAUAAUAUGCAUAUCCUUGCUUCAGGUCCUGAGCUACAGGCAGUUAGAUUAGGGUAUGUCAUUUUAGGCAAAUACAUUUACAAAAUGGAUCCUUAAGAGGUUAAAAGUUAAUUUGUGGAAUUUCUUUCCUUCUUACUGCAUUUGAGCCAAUCAGUUGUGUUGUGACAAGGUAGGGGUGGUAUACAGAAGAUAGCCCUAUAUGGUAAAAGACCAAGUUCAUAUUAUGGCAAGAACAGCUCAAAUAAGCAAAGAGAAACAACAGUCCAUCAUUACUUUAAGACAUGAAGGUCAGUCAAUGCGGAACAGUUCGAGAACUUUGAAAGUUUCUUCAAGUGCAGUCGCAAAAACCAUCAACUGCUAUGAUGAAACUGGCUCUCAUGAGGACCGCCACAGGAAAGGAAGACCCAGAGUUACCUCUGCUGCAGAGGAUAAGUUCAUUAGAGUUAACUGCACCUCAUAUUGCAGCCCAAAUAAAUGUUCAGAGGAGACUGCUUGAAUCAGGCCUUCAUGGUCGAAUUGCUGCAAAGAAACCACUACUAAAGGACACCAAUAAUAAGAAGAGACUUGCUUGGGCCAAGAAACACGAGCAAUGGACAUUAGACCGGUAGAAAUCUGUCCUUUGGUCUGAUGAGUCGCCGUGUCAUUGUGAGACGCAAAGUAGGUGAAUGGAUGAUCUCAGCAUGUGUGGUACCCACCGUGAAGCAUGGAAGAGGAGGUGUGAUGGUGCUGGUAACACUGUCUGUGAUUUAUUUAGAAUUCAAGGCACACAUAUUUAACCAGCAUGGCUACCAUAGCAUUCUACACCAUCCCAUCUGGUUUGAGCUUAGUGGGACUAUCAUUUGUUUUUCAACAGGACAAUGACCCAACACACCUCCAGGCUGUGUAAGGGCUAUUCGACCAAGAAGAAGAGUGAUGGAGUGCUGCAUCAGAUGACCUGGCCUCCACAAUCACCCGAUCUCAACCCAAUUGACAUGGUUUGGGAUGAGUUGGACCGCAGAGUGAAGGAAAAGCAGCCAACAAGUGCUCAGCAUAUGUGGGAACUCCUUCAAGACUGUUGGAAAAGCAUUCCUCAUGAAGCUGGUUGACAGAAUGCCAAGAAUGUGCAAAGCUGUCAUCAAGGCAAAGGGUGGUUACUUUGAAGAAUCUAACAUCUAAAAUGUAUUUUGAUUUGUUUAACACUUUUUUUGGUAACUACAUGAUUCCAUAUGUGUUAUUUCAUAGUUUUGAUGUCUUCACUAUUAUUCUACAAUGUAGAAAAUAGCCAAAAUAAAGAAAAACCCUUGAACGUGUAAGUGUCUCCCAACGUUUGACUGGUACUUUACAUGUAAAGGAGGCCCACCCAGUGAGGUAGAGGAGGAUGGUCCUCCUCAUUAAUGUGAGAAAGAAAUUAAACAUAAAAAAAAAACCUCCUUAUAAAUAAUGUUGUGCAUGGGGUUUGUAAAGUGUGUGUCAUAAGUCCAGGAUAAGUUCAUCUAGGUUCAUUAGCAUGAUCCACAUUCUGUUACAAACAAGGACAUUACAGAUUCACUACUGAGAUUGUCCAAUGCCAAACAUUCCAUGUGCUGUUGUUCCAGGAUGUUCCGGAGGGCAUACACUGCUGCCAUCCCUGACCAACCUGCAGUAGUAGUUCACUGUCUCAGGGUAAGAACGUUGCCUGACCAACCUGCAGUAGUAAUUAGCUGUCUCAGGGUAAGAACGUUGCCUGACCAACCUGCAGCAGUAGUUCACUGUCUCAGGGUAAGAACGUUGCCUGACCAACCUGCAGUAGUAGAUCACUGUCUCAGGGUAAGAACGUUGCCUGACCAACCUGCAGCAGUAGUUCACUGUCUCAGGGUAAGAACGUUGCCUGACCGACCUGCAGUAGUAGAUCACUGUCUCAGGGUAAGAACGUUGCCUGACCAACCUGCAGUAGUAGUUCACUGUCUCAGGGUAAGAACGUUGCCUGACAAACCUGCAGUAGUAGUUCACUGUCUCAGGGUAAGAACGUUGCCUGACCAACCUGCAGUAGUAGUUAGCUGUCUCAGGGUAAGAACGUUGCCUGACCAACCUGCAGUAGUAGUUUACUGUCUCAGGGUAAGAACGUUGCCUGACCAACCUGCAGUAGUAGUUCACUGUCUCAGGGUAAGAACGUUGCCUGACCAACCUGCAGUAGCAGUUAGCUGUCUCAGGGUAAGAACGUUGCCUGACCAACCUGCAGUAGUAGUUCACUGUCUCAGGGUAAGAAUGUUGCCUGACCAACCUGCAGUAGUAGUUCACUGUCUCAGGGUAAGAACGUUGCCUGACCAACCUGCAGUAGUAGUUCACUGUCUCAGGGUAAGAACGUUGCCUGACCAACCUGCAGUAGUAGUUCACUGUCUCAGGGUAAGAACGUUGCCUGACCAACCUGCAGUAGUAGUUCACUGUCUCAGGGUAAGAACGUUGCCUGACCAACCUGCAGUAGUAGUUCACUGUCUCAGGGUAAGAACGUUGCCUGACCAACCUGCAGUAGUAGUUCACUGUCUCAGGGUAAGAACGUUGCCUGACCAACCUGCAGUAGUAGAUCACUGUCUCAGGGUAAGAACGUUGCCUGACCAACCUGCAGUAGUAGUUCACUGUCUCAGGGUAAGAACGUUGCCUGACCAACCUGCAGUAGUAGUUCACUGUCUCAGGGUAAGAACGUUGCCUGACCAACCUGCAGUAGUAGUUCACUGUCUCAGGGUAAGAACGUAUGAUCUGUUAUCGUUCUACAGCCUUUAACUGGGUACCACAUAGGGAGCAGAGCCAGGAGUUUCCCUGACCAUAUGACUAGUUUGUCCUGGUCAGGUCAAGUGGACAAGAACAUCUCCUUUACUACAAUAUGAGCUUACUACAUUUUUAUUUUUAAUCCCAGCCCCCGUCCCCGCAGGAGGCCUUUUGCCUCUUGGUAGGCCGUCAUUGUAAAUAAGAAUGUGUUCUUAAUUGACUUGCCUAGUUAAAUAAAGGUACAAAAUAAAAAUAAAUUAAAAAAAAGCUAUCCUUUUUAUAUCAGACUGUGUCUCUAAUUCUUGAAAAACUCAAUGUGCUGUGGUCAUCAGAUCAGACUCUAUUCGUCUCUAUCCUCUCCAUCAUUAGGACAUUGACCGGUGGAACUUUGAUGUGUUUGCCCUGAACACUGCCAGCCAUGACCACGCACUACAGACCAUGUUCUUCGAGCUGGUCACACGAUACGAACUCAACAGCAGAUUCAAGGUCUCCACAUAUCAUUUUGCACUUACUAUAUUUGACUAGUUUACCAUAACUAACUCCUUCAGUUUCUGUACAUACAGCUUUAAUUCUACAUUAGCCUUUAACAAUUCAAACUUCUCUCACUGCCCAAAAAACACUUUCUGUUGACUGCUGAAGUAAGCGCACACAUUUUCCUAACUAAAUUGACCUAUUCUAGUUGGUAAACGUUUUUCAUAAGUACAGUGCCUUGCAAAAGUAUUCAUCCCCCUUGGCGUUUUUCCUAUUUUGUUGCAUCACAACCUGUAAUUUAAAUGGAUUUUUAUUUGGAUUUCAUGUAAUGGACAUACACAAAAUAGUCCAAAAUGGUGAAGUGAAAUGAAAAAAAUUACUUGUUUCAAAAAAUUUGAAUAAAUAAAUAACGGAAAAGUGGUGCGUGCAUAUGUAUUCACCCACUUUGCUAUGACAAAGUUGUGGAGAAGUACAGAUUAGGGUUGGGUUAUAAAAAAGUAUCUGAAACUUUGAACAUCCCACGGAGCACCAUUAAAUCCAUUAUUAAAAAAUGGAAUAUGGCACCACAACAAACCUGCCAAGAGAGGGCUGCCCACCAAAACUCACGGACCAGGCAAGGAGGGCAUUAAUCAGAGAGGCAACAAAGAGACCAAAGAUAACCCUGAAGGAGCUGCAAAGCUCCACUGCGGAGAUUGGAGAAUCUGUCCAUAGGACCACUUUAAGCCAUACACUCCACAGAGCUGGGCAUUACGGAAGAGUGGCCAGAAAAAAGAUAUUGCUUCAAGAAAAAAAUAAGCAAACACGUUUGGUGUUCGCCAAAAGGCAUGUGGGAGACUUCCCAAACAUAUGGAAGAAGGUACUCUGGUCAGAUUAGUCUAGAAUUGAGCUUUUUGGCCAUCAAGGAAAAUGCUAUGUCUGGCGCAAACCCAACACCUCUUAUCACCCCGAGAACACCAUCCACACAGUGAAGCAUGGUGGUGGCAGCAUCAUGCUGUGGGGAUGUUUUUCAUCGGCAGGGACUGGGAAACUGGUCAGAAUUGAAGGAAUGAUGGAUGACGCUAAAUACAGGGAAAUUCUUGAGGGAAACCUGUUUCAGUCUUCCAGAGAUUUGAGACUGGGACGGCGGUUCACCUUCCAGCAGGACAAUGACCCUAAGCAUACUGCUAAAGCAACACUUGAGUGGUUUAAGGCGAAACAUUUAAAUGUCUUGGAAUGGCCUAGUCAAAGCCCAGACCUCAAUCCAAUUGAGAAUCUGUGAUAUGACUUAAAGAUUGCUGUACACCAGCGGAACCCAUCCAACUUGAAGGAGCUGGAGCAGUUUUGCAUUUACAUUUACAUUUUAGUUUUGCCUUGAAGAAUGGGCGAAAAUCCCAGUGGCUAGAUGUGCCAAGCUUAUAGAGACGUACCCCAAGAGACUUGCAGCUGUAAUUGCUGCAAAAGGUGGCUCUACAAAGUUUUGACUUUGGGGGUGGUGAAUAGUUAUGCACGCUCAAGUUUUCUGUUUUUUGUCUCAUUUCUUGUUUAUUUUCACAAUAAAAAAUAUUUUGUAUCUUCAAAGUGGUAGGCAUGUUGUGUAAAUCAAAUGAUACAAACCCCCCAAGAAAUCCAUUUUAAUUCCAGGUUGUAAGGCAACAAAAUAGGAAAAAUGCCAAGGAGGGGUGAAUACUUUCGCAAGCCACAGUAUUACCCUUGGGGGGUAGAUUCCGACACAAAGAUGACAUUGAGAGGUUGAUGAUACAGUGUGCACAAAAACAAUGGGACGAACUCCAUGUGAACUCUACAUGUCAUUGUGUGGUAUCACAGAUCCCCAUCUCCUGUCUGAUGACCUUCUUGGAGAAGCUGGAGAAAGGCUAUAGUAAACACAGCAACCCGUACCACAGCAGUGUCCACGCAGCCGACGUCACACAAACCCUACACUGUCUGCUCCUCCGCACAGGACUCGUGGUACAGUACAGCUCUUCGUUCAGUUUUACAACAAGGUCAUCCCUGUCAUGUUGUAUUCGUUUGCCAUAGUUCGGGGAAAGGGGCAUUUCCUGACCCGUCCUACAGGCCCAGAGUUGGCCUGCCAGGUCAGGUGACGUGGUUGGGGGAAAAUUCAGGGUACUAGCUGUAGCAGACGGACUUGAAGGAAGCAAUGACUUAUUUACUGUAAGCCAAUGUAAAUGACGUAUUUACUGUAAGCCAAUGUAAAUGACUUAUUUACUGUAAGCCAAUGUAAAUGACUUAUUUACUGUAAGCCAAUGUAAAGGACUUAUUUACUGUAAGCCAAUGUAAAUGACUUAUUUACUGUAAGCCAAUGUAAAUGACUUAUUUACUGUAAGCCAAUGUAAAUGACUUAUUUACUGUAAGCCAACGUAAAUGAGUAUAAAUAUGAAAUAGAUAUGUUUAUAACAACGGUAUGUGUGUUGGUCUUGCCUCCAGCACUGGUUACUGUAAAAUAAUUUGGAUAUGUGUGUUAUGUACACUCAGUGGCCACUUUAUUAGGUACACACAUCUAGUUGGACCCCCCCCCCCCCCCCCCCUAUGCCUCCAGAACACCUAACGUGUGGCAGGAAAACAUUCCCCACACCAUUACACCACCAGCCACCAGCCUGUACCGUUGACACCAGGCAGGAUGGGGCCAUGGACUCAUGCUGCUUACGUCAAAUCCUGACUCUGCCAUCAGCAUGACACAACAGGAACCGGGAUUCGGACCAGGCGAUGUUUUUCCACUCCUCAAUUGUCCAGUGUUGGUGAUCGCGUGCCACUCAUGUUUCCCAUUCUAAUGUUCAAUCCAACAGUACCUGAAUGCCGCGAUGCCGGUCUGCCUGCUUUAUAUAGCAAGCCACGGCCACGUGACUCACUGUCUGUUGGAGAAAAACAUUUUAGUGAACCUAAUAAACUGGCCACUGAGAAUACAAUGAGGGGAAAAAGGUAUUUGAUCCCCUGCUGAUUUUGUAUGUUUGCCCACUGACAAAGACAUGAUCAGUCUAUAAUUUUAAUGGUAGGUUUAUUUGAACAGUGAGAGACAGAAUAACAAAAAAAAACGCAUGUCAAAAAUGUUAUAAAUUGAUUUGCAUUUUAAUGAGGGAAAUAAGUAUUUGACCCCCUCUCAAUCAGAAAGAUUUCUGGCUCCCAGGUGUCUUUUAUACAGGUAAUGAGCUGAGAUUAGGAGCACACUCUUAAAGGGAGUGCUCCUAAUCUCAGCUUGUUACCUGUAUAAAAGACACCUGUCCACAGAAGCAAUCAAUCAAUCAGAUUCCAAACUCUCCACCAUGGCCAAGACCAAAGAGCUCUCCAAGGAUGUCAGGGACAAGAUUGUAGACCUACACAAGGCUGGAAUGGGCUACAAGACCAUCGCCAAGCAGCUUGGUGAGAAGAUGACAACAGUUGAUGUGAUUAUUCGCAAAUGGAAGAAACACAAAAUAACUGUCAAUCUCCCUCGACCUGGGGCUCCAUGCAAGAUCUCACCUCGUGGAGUUGCAAUGAUCAUGAGAAUGGUGAGGAAUCAGCCCAGAACUACACGGGAGGAUCUUGUCAAUGAUCUCAAGGCAGCUGUGACCAUAGUCACCAAGAAAACAAUUGGUAACACACUACGCCGUGAAGGACUGAAAUCCUGCAGCGCCCGCAAGGUCCCCCUGCUCAAGAAAGCACAUAUACAGGCCCGUCUGAAGUUUGCCAAUGAACAUCUGAAUGAUUCAGAGGAGAACUGUGUGAAAGUGUUGUGGUCAGAUGAGACCAAAAUCGAACAUCAACUCAACUCGCCAUGUUUGGUGGAGGAGGAAUGCUGCCUAUGACCCCAAGAACACCAUCCCCACCGUCAAACAUGGAGGUGGAAACAUUAUGCUUUGGGGGUGUUUUUCUGCUAAGGGGACAGGACAACUUCACCGCAUCAAAGGGACGAUGGACGGGGCGAUGUACCAUCAAAUCUUGGGUGAGAACCUCCUUCCCUCAGCCAGGGCAUUGAAAAUGGGUCGUGGAUGGGUAUUCCAGCAUGACAAUGACCCAAAACACACGACCAAGGCAACAAAGGAGUGGCUCAAGAGGAAGCACAUUAAGGUCCUGGAGUGGCCUAGCCAGUCUCCAGACCUUAAUCCCAUAGAAAAUCUAUGGAGGGAGCUGAAGGUUCGAGUUGCCAAACGUCAGCCUGGAAACCUUAAUGACUUGGAGAAGAUCUGCAAAGAGGAGUGGGACAAAAUCCCUCCUGAGAUGUGUGGAAACCUGGUGGCCAACUACAAGAAACGUCUGACCUCUGUGAUUGCCAACAAGGGUUUUGCCACCAAGUACUAAAUCAUGUUCUGCAGAGGGGUCAAAUACUUAUUUCCCUCAUUAAAAUGCAAAUCAAUUCAUAACAUUAUUGACAUGCGUUUUUCUGGAUUUUUUGUUGUUGUUAUUCUGUCUCUCACUGUUCAAAUAAACCUACCAUUAAAAUUAUAGACUGAUCAUGUCAUUGUCAGUGGGCAAACGUACAAAAUCAGCAGGGGAUCAAAUACCUUUUUCCCCUCACUGUAUCUAAUGUUUAUAACAAGGGUAUCUGUGUGGAUCUCACACGCAGCACUGGUUGACUGAACUGGAGGUUCUGGCGUCACUGUUUGCUGCGGCCAUCCAUGACUACGAACACACUGGAACUACCAACAACUUCCACAUUCACACAAAGUAAGAUAAAGUAAAGUAAGAAUUAUUGAGGUGUUCAAAAAUGCAUUUGAUUUCAGAGUGAGUGGGAGAGAGAGUGAAAUCGAAUCCACAUUAACACCAAGUAAGGCAAAAACCAUGCAAUUGUUAUCCUGCCAACUACGCCAAGGAUUACACAAUCAUGCGCUUUAUGUUUUUAUUCUCUGAUUCUAUUAGAUUACUAAGGUUUUCACAAAUGCAUUAAAGAGUGGGAAAAGGAGAGGGAGAGCGAGAGAGUGAGAUUGAGAGGGAGAGGGAGAGAGGGAGAACUAGAGAAAGUGUGUGAGAAAGAACUUGUGAGAAACAGAGAGAGAGAGAGAGAAAGAGAGAGAGAGAGAGAGAGAGAGAGAGAGAGAGAGAGAGAGAGAGAGAGAGAGAGAGAGAGAGAGAGAGAGAGAGAGAGAGAGAGAGAGAGAGAUUGAGUUAGUUUGAGAUCUGCUCAACUGCUUACAGCUCCUGCAUACUCCUUCUUAAGUAAACAUAUCUUAUGGAGGGAAGGCAUUAUUUUUAGCAGUAGAUUUUCCACAUAGAGACACAGAGGGACCUAAGAACUCUAUCUCCUGGCACACAGAGUAACUCUAUUUUGGGAGCAAAACAUGAGGGCCUGAUGCCAUCAGCAAAAUAGCGUGAACAUUUCUAACAAAGUUAUGAGCAUGCAGUUCUCCUACAAAAUGCAUGCUCAUGUAAAAUGCAUCCUGCUAUUUAGUUAGGAUCAUUAUGAGAUGAAAAGAACAUAUUAUAAGGGGUAAAUCAUGCUUCAUACAGACAAGCCUUACAAUGCAUUAUAACCACAUAACGAUGCAUUAUACCUGUCAGCUGAAGAUGUAGAGCAGUAAUAGGCUAAACUGAAGAGAAACUCAGCAGGACGUCUGGUUCGUAAGACCAGGGCCAAGAAAAAUCCAUAAACCUAAUAAACUAUCACUACAAAGACUAACCUCCGUACCGUCUUGUGAUGUAUCACAGAAUGACAGAAAGUCCUAUUCAUUCAGAGAACACCUCCUCCUUGGCAAGCACUCUGUUCAGAUCUACUGUUUAUAAUUUAGACAGAGUAACAUUUGACAUGUAAUGAUGAAACACCCAGCUCAUUUUUUUAAAGUCAUUUUUUAGCAGACGCUCUUAUCCAGAGCGACUUACAGUUAGUGAGUGCAAACAUUUUUCAUACUGGCCCCCCGUGGGAAACGAACCCACAACCCUGGCGUUGCAAGCGCCAUGCUCUACCAACUGAGCUACAACCAAGUAAAGCCAUUAGAAAGGAAUGUCCAAUUUUGUUAAAAACAAUUCUGUGAACUGACCUAAUUGUUCUUCUCAUGACGCUGAAUUGACUGGUUUAUUUGUUUUAACUGGGACAUUAUAGACAUAGUUUUAUUCAGUUUUUAGAUGUUAAUAGGCAUAUUAUUUAAAACAUUUGUUUAAAGGUGUGAGUGUGUGAGAGAGAGAGAGAGAGAGAGAGAGAGAGAGAGAGAGAGAGAGAGAGAGAGAGAGAGAGAGAGAGAGAGAGAGAGAGAGAGAGAGAGAGUGCGUGUGAGAUAGAUUGUGUGUGUGUGUGUGUGUGUGUGUGUGCGUGUGUGUUCUCGUGUGUGUGCGUGUGUGCUCGUGUGUGUGUGUGCUCUUGUGUGUGUGUGUGUGUGUGUGUGUGUGUGUGUGUGUGUGUGUGUGUGUGUGUGUGUGUGUGUGUGUGUGUGUGUGUGUGUGUGUGUGUGUGUGUGUGUGUGUGUGUGGAGUAAAAAUAAAACACCCUACUGUACAUACGUUCACACACACACACACACACACACACACACACACACACACACACACACACACACACACACACACACACCAUCUUUUACACCUCCAUAAGUAUUAUUUAAUAGCAUUGCAUUGCUUCAUCAUGUUGUUAUGAUGGUAAAUUACUUAAAGAUGCAUUGUGUUAAUUUUCUUCAAACGUUAUACUGAUGCAGAUUUGAAUGCCUUCAUGCCAAAACACAUACUAAACUGUUGGCUGCACAGUCUUAAAAAAGUAACCUUUCUAUGCCCUGGCUUUAGUUUUCCUAUAGUGCAGCAUUUAGCCCUGAGGGAACCUCAAUGUGUUGCUCCGAUAUCUGUUUAUCCAUUUAGUUUUCCUAUAGUGCAGUAUUUAGCCCUGAGGGAACCUCAAUGUGUUGCUCUGAUAUCGGUUUUUAUUUUCCAUUUCUGAAGUGCUUAACAAACACGUAUGCAAAUGACUUUAGACAGAGGGCUUGAUAAGGAACAUGUCUCAAUGAAUUCUCCCUGUUCUUUUCUCCUGAGUCCUUUAUAACCAUCUGUCCUCUUCUCUCAUGAGCACGAACACCACUGUAUUACCAAACAGUCACUACCACCCAAUGAUGCUGGAUGUCCCUAACUAUUAGCCUGGGUGGUGUGUGCUUAAGCCACGUCCUCCCACUAUCAUUGUCAUGCCAUACACGUUUCUGUAAGACAGACAAAGGACAAACUAUAGCCUGGUCCCAGAUCUGUAGGGUUAGGGUUAAAGGCAUGACAACAGCAGUCAGAUGAUUUAUCCAAAGCACAUACAGAUUAUUGUACUAGGACCAGGCUAGGACCAGGCUAGGACCAGGCUAGAACCAGGCUAGGACCAGGCUAGGACCAGGCUAGGACCAGGCCAGGACCAGGCCAGGACCAGGCUAGGAAAGGCUAGGACAAGGCCAGGGACCAGGCUAUGGACCAGGCUAGGACAGGCCAGAACAGGCUAGGACCAGGCUAGGAAAGGCUAGGACAAGGCUAGGGACAAGGCCAGGACCAGGCCAGGACAGGCUAGGAACCAGGCCAGGACCAGGCCCAGGAUCCAGGCUAGGACAAGGCUAGGACAGGCCAGGACCAGGCUAGACCAGGCGAGGACAGGCAGGACCAGGACCAGGCUAGGACCAGGCCUAGGACCAGGCUAGGACAGGCUAGGACCAGGCCAGGACCAGGCUAGGACCAGGCCAGGACCAGGCCAGGACCAGGCUAGGACAGGCUAGGACCAGGCCAGGACCAGGCUAGGACCAGGCUAGGACAAGGCCAGGACCAGGCUAGGACCAGGCUAGGACAAGGCUAGGACAAGGCCAGGACCAGGCUAGGACCAGGCUAGGACAAGGCCAGGACCAGGCUAGGACCAGGCUAGGACCAGGCUAGGACAAGGCCAGGACCAGGCUAGGACAAGGCCUAGGACAAGGCCAGGACAGGCUAGGACCAGGCUAGGACAAGCCAGACCAGGCUAGACCAGGCUAGGACCAGGCUAGGACAGGCUAGGACAGGCUAGGACAGGCUAGGACAAGGCAGGACCAGGCAGGACAAGGCCAGGACCAGGCUAGGACCAGGCAGGACCAGGUAGGACCAGGCUAGGACAAGGCCAGGACCAGGCUAGGACCAGGCUAGGACAAGGCCAGGACCAGGCAGGACAGGCUAGGACCAGGCAGGACCAGGCCAGGACCAGGCUAGGACAGGCUAGGACAAGCAGGACCAGGCUAGGACAGGCUAGGACAAGGCAGGACCAGGCUAGGACCAAGGCAGGACCAGGCUAGGACCAGGCUAGGACAAGGCUAGGACCAGGCCAGGACCAGGCCAGGACCAGGCUAGGACAAGGCCAGGACAGGCUAGGACAGGCCAGGCAGGCAGGACCAGUAGGACAAGCCAGGACAGGCUAGGACCAGGCUAGACAGGCUAGGACCAGGCCAGGACAGGCCAGACCAGGCUAGGACCAGGCUAGGACAAGCCAGGACCAGGCUCUAGACCAGGCUAGGACAAGCCAGUGUCCAGGCUAGGCCAGGCUAGGACAGCUAGGACAAGGAUGACCAGGCUAGGACCAGGCUAGGACAAGGCCAGGACCAGUAGAUCAAGGCUAGGCCGCUAUGACCAAGGCCAGACCAGUUGAUCAAGGCUAGGCCAGGCUACGACCAGGCUAGACCAGCUAGGACAAGUAGGACCAGGCCAGGACCAAGGCUAGACCAGGCUUAUUGAGACCAGGUCUUGGUACCAGGCUAAGACAGCCACAGCCAGGACAAGGCUAGGACACUUAUGGACAAGGUCCAACCAGCCAGGACAAGGUAGGACAACAGUAGGACAUGGCAAUCAGCUAGAUCAAUGCUAGAAGCUAGGAAAGUAGAAAAUUAGAACCAACCAUUGUAGGACAGCUGAAGGCUAUCUAAUAAACUAUGAUUGUUUACACUGUCAGGUUUUUGGUUUUUCUUAUCUCAUAUAGACCAGAGACACCACAUCAGGAAGUUCCGACUAAUUAGGACCGUCAACAUCAUCAGAUUAAAGGUGGAUACAGAACAACAGAUGACAUGCCUCAGCUAGCAGAAAUUCCUCAGCAACAGAAGAGUGAUAUCAAAUUAGAUAACUUUGUUAUGUAUUCUUACAUUUAGUAUUACUACCCUCUAACUUAUCUAAUUUACCACCUUUUACACAGUUUUAUUUGAUGUUUUUGUAUCCACUUUUUAACACAGAUUGGUCAAUCAAUCAUCUUAAAAAAUAUAUAAUAGCCUGUUGCAGCACUGUGUUGGUCAGACGUUACAGUACAUGACUCAGUACAUGCCUCAGUACAGUUCAGUACAUGCCUCAGUACAGUUCAGUACAUGCCUCAUUGACUUGUGAACAUUAUUAUUGUUAUUGCAAAAUUAUUGUUUUGCAAGGUGGAGGUGGUAAGACAGACAGACAGACAGACGGACGGACGGAUGGACUGACAGACAGACAGACAGACAGACAGACAGACAGACAGACAGACAGACAGACAGACAGACAGACAGACAGACAGACAGACAGACAGACAGACAGACAGACAGACAGACAGACAGACAGACAGACAGAUGGACGGACUGACAGACAGACAGACAGACACAAGCAAAUGGAACAACAGCUCUGCUCUUAGCAGCACAAAUCUAGGUUACCAUGGGAACAGGGAAACCCAUCAGGACAGUCUGGAAAGGUUACGGCCCGUGGGAUUAUCUUUUGGAUUCAAAAUGCAGAACGUCUCUGCGUCCCAAAUGACACCCCAUUCCGCUGUGCUCGCUCCUCUCCCCCCUCCCACACUGCCCCUCCUCUGAAUCCUGUGCUCGCUCCUCUCCCCCCUCCCACACUGCCCCUCCUCUGAAUCCUGUGUGUGUGCGUGUGCGUGUGCAUGUGUGCGUGUCUGUGUGCGUGUUUGUAUGUGUGUGUGUGUUGAUGCGUGUGUGUGUGUGUACGUGCGUGUUUGUAUGUGUGUGUGUGUGUGUUGAUGCGUGUGUGUGUGUGUGUACGUGCGUGUGCGUGUGCGUGACAGGGAGCUGCGAGCGCUGGUGAUAGAGAUGGUGUUGGCUACAGACAUGUCAUCUCACCUCGUCCAGGUCAAAGCCAUGAAGGGGUGUCUGCAGCAGCAGGAAAGGUAGGUGCUGCUUUACUCAGGUCACAUGACAGUACUAGGUAGCACAUUGUGACACAACCGAGUAUGAUAGUGUUAGAGAUCAAUGUAUUGAAUAUGAUUCUAUUAGACAAUUGUUUUAGAUAUAUUGAUGGAUUUUAUUCCUGUUACUACUUUUUUAUUUAUUUAUUAUUAUUUAUUUUUAUUUAACCUUUAUUUAACUAGGCAAGUCAGUUAAGAACACAUUUUUAUUUACAAUGAAGGCCCACCCUGGGCCAAACCCGGACGACGGUGGGCCAAUUGUGCGCCGCCCUAUGGGAAUGAAGAGCACUUAAAGUAAACUAAAUGUAAUGAGUGCGUGUAACUCGCCCAUUGACUCCAAUGCAAAGAAGCUUGCUCCAUAUCUAGCAGUCACUCUUGGUUGUUUGUUUCCUGUGAUUAACAGCAUAAACAAACCCAAAGCGCUGUCCUUACUACUGCACACUGCAGACAUCAGUCACCCGUCCAAGCCCUGGGGUCUACACUCUCGCUGGACCAAAGCCCUCAUGGAUGAGUUCUUCAGACAGGUAUGACCCCUGGAGGAACUUACAACUAGGGCCAGGGUUUUCCGACGGUCCUGGGUCGUCUUGUGUACUGCGACGGUCCUGGGUCGUCUUGUGUACUGCGACGGUCCUGGGUCGUCUUGUGUACUGCGACGGUACUGGGUCGUCUUGUGUACUGCGACGGUCCUGGGUCGUCUUGUGUACUGCGACGGUCCUGGGUCGUCUUGUGUACUGCGACGGUCCUGGGUCGUCUUCUGUACUGCGACGGUCCUGGGUCGUCUUGUGUACUGCGACGGUACUGGGUCGUCUUGUGUACUGCGACGGUCCUGGGUCGUCUUGUGUACUGCGACGGUCCUGGGUCGUCUUGUGUACUGCGACGGUCCUGGGUCGUCUUGUGUACUGCGACGGUCCUGGGUCGUCUUCUGUACUGCGACGGUCCUGGGUCGUCUUGUGUACUGCGACGGUCCUGGAUCGUCUUGUGUACUGCGACGGUCCUGGGUCGUCUUGUGUACUGCAACGGUACUGGGUCGUCUUCUGUACUGCGAUGGUACUGGGUCGUCUUGUGUACGUUGUCGGUUCGGGUUUGGGGUUCGUUUUAUGACUAUUCCUGGAUUAUCUUGCUCAUUGUUAUUGAUUGUCUUAGAAAGCCCAUUAAAAUGUGUUCUCUCUUUUUCUGUCUUCCUGAGGGUGACAGAGAGGCAGAGCUAGGUCUUCCCUUCUCUCCACUGUGUGAUCGGAACAGCACCCUAGUCGCGGAGUCACAGAUAGGUCAUUGAAAAUGCCUUUACAAUAUCAUUAAUUCAUUCACUUACUAAAUAAUUAAUUACUCAUGACUUUAGAUGUUAAUAGGCAUAUUAUUAUUAUUCAUGACUGAUUACUGAGCCAUUCAUGACUGAUUACUGAUCCAUUCAUGACUGUUUACUGAUUUACAUUUACAUAUUACUGAUCCAUUCAUGGCUGAUUACUAAUCCAUUCAUUGCUUGUAACUGACCCAUUUAUGACUGAUUAUUGAUACAUUCAUGACUGAUUACUGAUCCAUUUAUGACUAAUUACUGAUCCAUUCAUGACUGAUUACUGAUCCAUUCAUUACUGAGGUAUAUAUAUAUAUAUAUGUGUUGGAUGUAACGUACUAAGCUGUCCUUAUAAGACUCCAUGUUCUCUUGCAGGUUUCAUAGACUUCAUAGUGGACCCUACGUUCUCCCUGCUGACUGACAUGGCUGAGAAGAUAGUCAUUCCCCUGGUGGAAGACAACCCAGACUCACCUGACCCAUGCAAUCCACAUAGGUAACCUCGGCUCAAUCAAACACUAAAAAGUAUUUGGAGAUGAAAAACAAACAUUAGAACCCAGGUCUGCUGACGACCAGCUGUUGUCUCCCUCCCUCUAGUAAUCUGUGGAAGGAGAGCUCCAGAGGACUUCAGUGGAGCUUGGCUCACAUCACCUCAGAACUGGUCACCUUCAGAUCCACCUGGACACGACACACAGAAGACAACAAGUUCAAAUGGAAGGAGAGCGGCUCCAACGGUAAUGUGACAGACUUCUGUCAACACCUUGUUAUUGCUCAGGGGGUGGGCAAUCUUACCUUGCCAGUCAGGGCUGGCGAGGGUGGACUAUCGCCGCUUGGCUAGAACACCAACACCACCCGUGACAGGGUGUGACUACGCCACCCCUGGCAGGUUGUGACUACGCCACCCCUGGCAGGGUGUGACUACACCACCCGUGACAGGGUGGGACGACACCACCCGUGACAGGGUGUGAUUGCCCACCCGUGACAGGGGUGACUACACCACCUGACAGGGUGUGACUACACCACCCUGGCAGGGUGGACUACACACCUGACAGGUGUGAUGACACCACCCGGACAGGGUGUACUACGCCACCCCUGCAGGGUGUGACGACACAACCCGUGACAGGGUGUGACGACACCACCCGUGACAGGGUGUGAUUGCCCACCCGUGACAGGGUGUGACUACACCACCCGUGACAGGGUGUGACUACACCACCCGUGACAGGGUGUGACUACACCACCCGUGACAGGGUUGGUUUAAUCAAUUAAGCCUCUUGGGGUCUUGUCAUGGCCUUAUAAAUAUUCGAUUAGUGCAUCCCAAAUGGCACCCUAGUCCCUACGUAGUGCACUACUUUUGACCUUAUGAAAACAGGGGUGCCAUUUGGGACGUAGGGAGUGUCUCUCUUUCAUCUCCAUAAAGCUUGAGGAGGUAGUAGGGAAAUAAACAGAUACAGACAUGGUUCUUCUUCCAGUCCCCUGUAGCUCAAUCACAUUUUAAAUUCCAUUGCUUUCCCCUCUCAGGAAUCUUGGAUCAGAACGUGACGAAGGAGCUGCCGACCGGUGAAGACGAACUGUUCUAA